CUUGGUACUAAAUAGGACGCCAUUGUUUGAGAAGAAUAUUUCUAAGAGCCGAGAUUUGUUGUAACCUGCUAAACACGAGGAGAAGAACAAUGGUGGUCCUGGGUAGCUUUAAAGGCGGUGCAGAUGUUCGCCCUCCAGUUCAAACUAGUCCACAGCUUUACCUUGGCAUGGACUUCGGCACAUCUGGAGCUAGAUUUGCUCUUAUUGACGAUCAAGGCACGAUUCAUGCCCAAGGCAAAAGGGACUAUCCCCAACAUCUGAGUGGAAAUACAAUAGAUUGGGCUAGUUCCUGGAGAAUGACACUUUUCUUGUUACUUGAAGAUGUCCCUGUUAGUCUCCGCCCAUUUAUUGCUUCCAUAUCUCUUGAUGGAACGUCUGCAACAACAAUCAUGGUUGACAGCGCCACAGGAGAGCCCUUACGCAGACCCUUUCUCUAUAAUGAGGCCUGUCCUGAUGCUUUACCAGUAGUCAAGUCUGUUGCUCCUGCAAACCAUACUGUUUGUUCUGGUUCCUCGACCCUCUGCAAGCUUGUUUCAUGGUGGAAUUCUUGUAAUUUAAAUAAAGAAUCUGCCCUGUUGCUCCAUCAAGCUGAUUGGCUGCUGUGGCAUCUCCAUGGAAAGCUUGGUGUGUCCGAUUACAACAAUGCUCUAAAGGUUGGAUAUGAUCCAGAGGUUGAGUCCUAUCCAUCAUGGCUGCUUUCUCAGUCAUAUUCACAAGUUCUUCCUGCUGUCCAAGCUCCGGGAGCUUUAAUUGGUUAUAUAAAGGAAGAUGUUAGAGAAAAACUUGGUUUACCGAAAGAUUGUGCUAUCUGCACAGGAACCACAGAUAGUAUAGCUGCUUUUCUUGCAGCUCAUGCUAGACAACCUGGGCAGGCUGUCACAUCUUUGGGUUCAACACUUGCUGUUAAGCUCCUCAGCACCAGUCGAAUUGAGGAUUCUCGGUUUGGGGUAUAUAGUCAUCGCCUUGAUGAUAAGUGGCUUGUUGGUGGUGCCUCCAAUACUGGAGGAGCUGUUCUUAGGCAAAUUUUCACAGACAAGCAGUUGGAAGAAUUAAGUAAACAAAUUGAUCCCUCAGAACCCUCUCCACUAGACUACUACCCUCUGCCAGCUGUUGGUGAAAGGUUCCCUGUAGCAGACCCAAUAAUGGUGCCAAGGUUAGAUCCACGUCCAGAAAGUGAUGUGGAGUACUUACAUGGAAUUUUAGAAUCCAUUGCACGAAUUGAGGCUCAGGCUUAUGGAUUACUGAAGGAUCUUGGUGCAACCCAAGUGGAAGAAGUUUUCACUGCUGGAGGGGGUGCAAGAAAUGAGAAAUGGACAAAGAUAAGGGAGAGGGUGCUUGGUUUGCCUGUAAGCAAGGCAAUUCAAACAGAGGCUGCAUAUGGAGCUGCUCUACUUGCAAUGAGGGGUGCCCGACAAAUGUCCUAAUGAGCCCGGACGACUAUUGAGAAUAAAUUAUAAACCAUCACAUUAUCAUCACAUGGGAUAUAACUUAUAAAUUGUUUUACAAUUAAUCAUUUAACUUUGUAGAAUAUUCGGCUUUUAAAGCUGUUUGGUA